AUGGCAUCAAAAACGAAGAGAAGAAGCAGUAUCCUAAAAUCUACCCAGUCGCCAAGAUUAAGUAUCGAAGGCGAACUACAAGUCAACAAGGAAAAUGACGAUAUAGGGAAAUCAAGGGCUAAGAAGAAGAGGAGAUCAUCUAACAGAAGAGUUAGUUUUGCGGAUACAAACGAUAUCAAAGAAUUCAUUCGAGAUGAAGGUAUUUUAUCUCAGCCUGCUAAGCUUCCUAACCCCUCAAUACCAGGUUUAGAAAUGUUACUCACUGGGGAAAUUAAAACAUCGCCACUAGAAAAUCAAAGUGAAGUAGAAGAUAACUUUGGUAAAUCUAAGAAUGAGCCCCUUAAGGAAAUUAUUAAAAACAUGAAUACCACAAUGGAAAUGACAUGCGUGGCAAAUAAUCAAACUUGUGACAAGACUUUAACUGAUCGUACUGAAUUAAAAAAUGAAACCAUGGAACUUACCUAUUGGAAAGAAACUAGCACUGGCGAGAAUAUUGCUCGCUUAGGUAAUAAUCCGCCUGAAGAAAGCAAUGAAGAUUCUUUCUAUGGUAAAGAUCUACCGGAAACAUCGAUGCAAUCAUUUAUCGACACAUUAAUACCAACGGGUGGUCAGAACUUCUGUAUUCCGCCAGAAAGGGAUUUCAGCAAUGAAAAUGUUACUCGUAUACUAUCGUCAAUUGCUACUCCUCCGUUCAAGAAAUUCAAAAAAGAAUCUACAGUCGAAACUGAAAAUACAGCUUUCGAAAAUUUGUCAAUGGAAUUUGACAGUAUGCUAGAAGUUACUCCACUAGAUGGUGGGCCAACUAAAUCUUCAGCUAAAGCAGUUAACGAAUCUAUUCAAGUAAAAGCUGUUAAUAAUUCGGCACUCUCUGAAAAUUUGACCACAAACGACGAAAAUUCAAACACAAUAAAUAAAUCCGAUAUAAAUCAGCCUAUGACGUCUGAUGUUUUACAAAUUGUAGCUAAAGAUUUUAUUGCUAGCAAGGGAGAAUAUACGGAAUUUCAUGAUUUACAUGACAUUCUAUCUGAGACAACAGCAGAAAAACAUGAUCUGAACGAUGAAGACCAAACAACUUCAAUGGGUACAUUUUACUUAGACUCUCAAGCAAUUACUGAAAAAGCCAACACAAAUGAUAAUAACGUAACAUUGCCAUCACCAAAAGUAGUUACCAGUAAAAUGUCUACAAUUGAAAAACAGAUGGAAUGCUCCGAUAUUGAUCUUACUUUAUGUGAAAGUAGUCAUCCAAUUUCGCAACUGCCCGAUGCUUCAGUAGAAUUAGUGCAGACCGACGCAACUAUACGCGAAAAUGAAAGUACUGAUAAUUAUUCAGUCCCGACAGCAAUCAAUAUCCAAAACACCGAAAAUUCUAAUCAUUUUAGCUUAAAUAAUACAAGCCCCCCUCAAUUACCAGACUCAAAACGUAAUUCUGAUACUACGAUAGGCCCGAUAGAAUCGCCGGUAUCUGAAAUACGCGUAAAAGCUACGAACUGUUCGAAAACUACUUUCGAAGAAAUACACUCGGAAUCGAAAGAGCCGUCAAUUAUUUCAAGCCAAAUAGAACUGGCGACUUCGAAAGAUGUAAACCUUGAAUCUAUGUUGAUAAGCGACAUUGAUACUAUCGUCAAGCCUACUCUUGUAAUUUCAAGCACCGCUUUUAAGUCACCAUUGCGCACGAUAAAUACCUCAUUGGACUUAAACUGGAGUUUGUCGGUCAAGAAUGAAAAUAUCCAAAAAAGUCAUACAAUCAACGAUACCACAACGUCAGUGAAUGAAAGCAUGGAUGUUACAGUUAAAUCACCACUUCCACAGCUAAGCAAUUCUUCAGAUUUACUUCAAAAUCAAUCUAAAAGAGAAGAUAUUACUAACCCUGAUAUUGAGCCGAAAACAUUAGCGAAUAGCUUAAGAUGUAAUGACGACUGCGAUGGUAGUCAUAUUAAUUCGAAUAUGAACGCUAGUAACGCUGUGGUUGCUGAAUCCAACAUCAAUGCCUCAAUUAUCCGAUCUAAUCCUGACAAGGCAUCAAUAAACAAUAACACAGUUACCUUAAGCGACCCUGUCAAUAAACCGACUGAUGGUGAUACUUUUACCAAGAAUGAACUAGAGAUUAUGAAAUGUAACAGCUUUGAUGACAUAAAAGAACAAUUUGAAUUACGAAACGAGGCUCCUAUUGAUUUAGUAUCAAUUUCUAAUGCCUCAGAGGAUACUGAAAACUCUAAAGAAAUCAAUGCUACCUCACCCGAUAAGCAGCAAUUAACGACUGUUGAUACGCAGCCCAUGACUACGGAAGAAAGUCAUACGGAGCCUUCUUACUCUUUGGAAGAUUUAUUAAGAUACCUUGGUAUCAGCUUCGGUAACAAAUACUGUACGAAGCGAAGGCACACCACUUAUCGAGGAAUUGAUAAGCAUCCUCCGACUUUAGCUGAGGCUUGGAAAGAUCAAGCAAUUACACGAUUGAAAGUUGAUUUAUAUAAUGACGCUAGUAGCUCCAUAGAGGAACGGAUUGAGAGUUUGGAUUCCGAUAGUAAUAAAUGUGCUAGAAAAUUAAUUACUAUGUUGCCAGAACUUUAUGCAGACCUCGGAAAGAAUGAGAAUGCCAAUAAUAAGAUCAGUGACAUAGAAGGAGAUAUCAACCAGCAAAAGCAAACAAAAGAAGCCAGUGAACAGUUGUGCCUUACAAUGCAGAAAGCUAUAGAAAAUGGUGUUGCUAAUCUGGAGCGAAAAGCUAAUGAAAAAGAGAACCAACGAAACGAAGAGAUAGAACUUCUGAAUAAGGAAUUACAAGUUAAGCGUAGUGAAAUUGUGCAGGAAGAAACUAAGGCCGGAUCUUUUGAAGCACAAAAACAAGAACUUAUACAAAAAAUUAGCGAUAUCAAGAACAAGAUAAUAGACAAGCGUUAUCUAAUAAAAGAAGCGACAGAACGGAUUUUAUACAACUCAGUUGUUAACAUCGAUAUCCUGAAAGACAAAUAUCCCUAUAGAUCCGAAGAAGUAAAGCUAUGGCGUGAAGUUCAGAAUAAUGUAACUAGAAUAUACAGCUUCAGCAAACGAUUAUUCUACAUCGAUAUUUUGCAUCCUGUUUUGUUACGAGAUCCUAAGUUAAGUCUUACAUUCCAUAGUGAGAAGCUUUAUUUCCGUGUAGUUUUUGAUGAUCUAACAAGUUUGUACAGCUGUGAAGGCACAAGCAAAUACCCAUCGUUUGCCAUUUUAAGUUUUAUUGGCAGCACCAGUUGGAUAUUGGGAGAUUUUGGUAAAUUUUUAGCGACGCUAAGACAGCCUGGUUAUGGUUCGAAUUUUAUUUUUCAUGUCUUAAUAUCAGUUUGUAUUGUCGUUUUACCAAUCGUAACAUGGGAAAGUUUAAAUACAGAUGAACAAAAUCGUCCCAAUUUUAUGAAUCAAGAAAGCCAAGUUGCUACAGAAAUCUUACGCCAUUAUUGCAUACACAAAAAUUUACUACCAACGAUCGUACGUAAUAUUAAGUCCAAUUAUAAUAGUAAUCAUCCGAAAUCAUUACCUUAUCUUGAUUCUCAUCAUUACUUAAAUCGUUUAAUGUAUUACACAUCUUGUAGUAUACCAGCAAGUACAGUUUUAUUAGCUUGGGGUCCAAAAUCGUCGGGUAAAUCAUUAGGUAUUGAUCUCAUUGGCGAUUACUGGGCUAAGCAUAGUCGACUUGUAGUCAAAGUAGAAUUAACCCAAUUACAUCGGCAUGAUGAUCACCAUCAACAGCAAUAUCCACUCGCUAUUAUGAGAUAUACAAUAUUAGGCCAUGGACAAUAUCAAGCUUUGACCCUGCAGGAAAUGAAAGAAAUCGACCAAGCCUAUCGUCAUUAUCGUCGAAUACUUAAAAACUUCCACCAUCAAGAUUGGUAUAAUUUCUCUUGGCUAAGCUAUUUAAUAAGCGAUAUAACAUUUACCUUAAAUCGGCGUUUAUAUAACAUUAAAAGUUAUUUAAAAGCACGACUAGGUGAUGGCCUCCUUCAACCAUUAACAACGCAAUCUGUUCCUACAUUAACAUUACUACGUAUUUUAUUAAAUAGCAUUACAACAGUCAGGCCUGAAAUUAGUCCAGUUUUAAUUGUUGAUCUACAAGCAUUAGAUUAUCAAAUUGAUCAGCGAUGGCGUCAAGAUUUUCAUAGUUUAAUGAACAAAAACUAUCUUGGGCAAAACAAUUUCGUACCAGUAAUUGUUGAAGUUUCUUUUCACUUUUGGGCUAGUGAAAGACAUCAUUUGCAUAGUAUUGAAUCGGUUGCAUCUUUAUUACUAGAUGAAAUGGAGGUUGAGAAUGCGCGACAAGAUGUUGUUUAUAAUUAUAAAUUAUGGAAUGAGGGCGAAUUUGAGCGUAUAUGGGAUACCAUUGGUGGCCAUGCUGGCUCAUGGAUUGCCUUAUUUUCUAAAUAUCAACAAUUGAAAACAAAUCACGAUAUCAAUACAGCAUUGCAGUUAGCUAUAGACGAGAUAUCCUGGGAUGCAUGUAUGCAACUAAUGUCGGCCAUGACCCAUGCUGAACAAGACCAUCAACUCAAAUUAGUUGGGCAAGGACAAAAGUUACAUCAAGCCAUUCGAACUUAUCUUGACUGCUUAGUUAGGCAACCGCGACAAAAUCAAAAUUGUCAAGACGGUCAUGGUAACGCUAUCGCACAAUAUUUACUCUCCCAUCAUAUUUUGUAUAUUGAUUCGCAAUUUCAAAUUAAAGUACAAAAUAAAAUUUUACAACGUGCUAUUACAGGGCGAUGCUUUAAUAUUAAUUCGUUAACUUCUCAAGACGUAUUUAGAAAUUAA